AUGGCUUUGUCAAGGUCGCAGCCGUCGUGGCUGUCGAUGUUCUUCUCCAUAGUCGCUCUCCUGACACUCUCUACUCCUGUCCACUCCCUAUACUUCUACGUCCACGGACGACAGCCCAAGUGCUUCUAUGAGGAAUUGCCUAAGGAUACUUUGGUAGUCGGAAACUACCAAUCCGAAGUCUACAACCCUCAUCUAAAUGCCUAUGCCCCUGACAACAGUAUAUCUAUCACCAUUACCGUCGAUGAGGUCUUCGAUAACGACCACCGGGUUGUGUCUCAGAAGGGAGCUGACAAGGGACGGUACACCUUUUCCACCGCUGAUGCGGGACAGCACAAGCUAUGCUUCACUGCGGACUCGCAUGCCAACAGCGGAUGGCUCUCUGGAGCUUCUGGCCCAGUGAAAUUAAGUCUCGACAUGGCCAUCGGCGAGUCCAACCACUUGGAGUCUGGAGACAAGGGCAAGCUCGAUGACUUGGUUGAGAGAGUCAAGAACUUGAACGGAAGACUUCAGGACAUCCGCCGUGAACAAGUCUUCCAACGUGAACGAGAAGCCCAAUUCCGUGACCAGUCUGAAGCUACCAACUCACGUGUCGUCCGAUGGGCUUUGAUUCAAACCGCUGUCCUCGGAGUAACCUGUGUCUGGCAAUUCUCUCAUCUACGAAGCUUCUUCAUCAAGCAAAAGCUUACUUAA